AUGAAGUUGACGGAAGAUAUUCUGCUGAAGCCGCUGCCCAAGUCUCCUGGGACGGACAGCACGGCUAUCUCUUUAUCUGAUGAGGAGAAGGAGGUCCUUGAUCGCCAGCUUCAUGCGCCCGUGUCGAACAUUGGCUUCUUCGGCAUCUAUCGGUAUGCGAGUCGAUGGGACCUCGCCAUCGUCCUGGGGAGUUCGGUGUUCGCAAUCGCAGGCGGUGCGGCACUGCCCAUGUUUACAGUCCUUUUCGGAAACCUCACCUCCACGUUCCGCGACAUCACCGCGCACCAAAUCACUUACUCUCAUUUCCAUAACGAACUCACUAAGUACGCCGUCUACUUUGUCUACCUGGCUGUCGCCGAGUUUGUCACCAUCUAUAUCGCGACCGUGGGAUUCAUCUACACGGGCGACCAUGUCGUGCAGCGCAUCCGGGUGGAAUACCUGCGUGCCAUCUUGCGCCAGAACAUUGCCUUCUUCGAUACUCUAGGCGCAGGAGAGGUCACGACGCGCAUCACGGCAGACACAAACACGAUCCAAGACGGGAUCUCUGAGAAAGUCGGCCUGACAUUAACCGGUCUGUCUACCUUCGUGACCGCUUUCGUUAUCGCAUAUAUCAAAUACUGGAAACUGGCCUUAAUAUGCAGCGCAACGCUGGUCGCGGUGCUGGUGAUCAUGGGCGGAUGUUCCACGGUAACCCUCAUUUUUAGCAAACGGGCGAUGGAGUCGCAGGGACGAGGGGCCAGUCUUGCGGAAGAUAUUCUGGACUCGAUUCGCACGGUCAUUGCGUUCGACGCGCAGGAGACUCUGGCUAAGAAGUAUGAGUCUCAUUUGAAAGACGCCGAGAAGCCUGGCAUGAAGGCGCAGAUUGGCUUCGGUAUCAUGGUCGGAGCGUUGCUCUGCGUUAUGUAUCUGAACUAUGGACUUGGAUUCUGGAUGGGGUCGCGGUACCUGGUUGACAAGACCACGGAUAUCAAGGCCGGAGACGUCCUUACCAUUCUGAUGUCCAUUAUCUUGGGAUCGUACAACCUGGGCAAUGUCGCUCCCAAUGGUCAAGCUCUGUCAAACGCUGUCGCAGCGGCGUCGAAGCUGUAUAGCACAAUUGACCGCCAAUCACCGCUCGACUCUUCCUCCACUCAAGGAAAGACUCUGGAAUACGUUCGCGGGAACAUGGUAUUGCAAAAUAUUCGACAUGUGUAUCCCUCGCGCCCCGAGGUCAUCGUGGCCAACGACCUGAGCAUCUACAUUCCGGCGGGCAAAACCACCGCUUUCGUUGGUCCGUCUGGGUCUGGAAAAAGUACGGUCAUUGGAUUAAUCGAGCGGUUCUACAGCCCAGUAGCAGGAGUCAUUACUCUCGAUGGUCACGAUAUUGAGAGUUUCAAUUUGCGCUGGCUACGGCAGCAAGUCUCCCUGGUGUCUCAGGAACCACGACUAUUCGCGACCAGCAUCGCAGAGAAUAUCCGGUAUGGAUUGAUCGGAUCGAAAUUCGAGACAGAGCCCGAGCGGAGAAUCAUGCGACGGAUCAAGGACGCCGCUAGAAUGGCCAACGCGCAUGAUUUCAUCGAAGCCCUGCCGAACGGCUACAACACGAAUAUCGGUAGUUUCUCGCUCUCGGGAGGUCAGAAGCAGCGGAUUGCAAUCGCACGAGCCGUUGUCAAGGACCCCAAGAUCCUCCUACUAGACGAGGCCACCUCCGCGCUAGAUACUAAAUCCGAAGGUAUCGUGCAGGCAGCGUUGGACAAGGCGGCGAGAGGGCGAACAACGAUCGUCAUUGCCCACCGACUGUCCACGAUCAAAGAGGCCCACAAUAUCGUUGUUCUGGUGGGCGGGAGUAUCGUCGAGCAGGGUCAUCAUGCCCGUCUCAUGGAGCACCGAGGGGUGUACUACGAGAUGGUCCAGGCGCAGGAGAUCAAGGAAAAGGAAGUCCCGCCACCGAAGCUAGCGACCUUCUUUCUAGACGAUGACCCCUAUCCUGACGGAUACUCGGAAUACAAUGAUGAUGUUGAAUUGAGGACCGGGAAGUCCGCGCGGCCAAAGUCCAGGCUGUCCAUGUUUCUUCCCAUGCAGCCGUAUCAGAAGGAGAAGUUUUAUUCUCUAUGGGCUCUGUUCAAAUUCAUCUCGUCAUUCAAUCGGCCUGAGUGGCCCAUCUUGAUCCUGGGUCUUUGCAUAUCUAUCCUCGCAGGCGGUAUUCAGCCCUCCCAAGCCGUGCUAUUUGCGAAGGCUGUCAGCACACUCAGUCUACCGCCAUUCGAGUACGGGAAGCUUCGACACGAUGCCAAUUUCUGGUCGCUGAUGUUCCUGAUGAUGGGAGUCAUUACCUUCUUCCUCUACAGUAUCCAGGGAACCUCAUUCGCCUACGGGUCCGAGAAGAUGAUUUAUCGCGCCCGAAGCCAGGCGUUUCGUGUGAUGCUGCACCAAGAUGUCUCGUUCUUCGACCGCGAAGAGAACACAACCGGCGCGUUAACAACCACUCUGUCGGCAGAAACCAAACAGCUGGCUGGUAUCAGCGGUGUUACGCUUGGUACUAUUCUCAUCGUGUCGGUUAACCUGGUCGCCUCACUCACGGUCGCCGUGAUCAUGGGCUGGAAACUCGGCCUGGUCUGCAUAUCCGCUGUCCCAGUCCUGCUAGGAUGCGGGUUCAUUCGCGUAUGGAUGCUCGAUCGGUUCCAACGCCGCGCCAAAAGCGCGUACCAGAAAUCCGCCAGCUCGGCUUGCGAGGCGGCCUCCGCCAUCCGCACGGUGGCGUCUCUGACCAUGGAAAGCCAAGUCCUGCAGUCCUAUCAGCUGCAGCUGCAGGACCAAAUCAAGAAGGACAUUCUGCCGAUUCUCAAAUCGUCUCUGCUGUAUGCUAGCUCCCAGGCGCUGCCAUUCUUCUGCAUGGCGUUGGGCUUCUGGUAUGGUGGAACGCUGGUCGGACAUCACGAGUAUACACUCUUUCAGUUUUACGUCUGCUUCAGUGAAGUGAUUUUCGGCGCCCAGGCCGCGGGCACAAUUUUCUCGCAUGCUCCUGACAUGGGGAAGGCUAAGCAUGCAGCGACUGAAUUCAAACGGCUCUUCGAUGGCAAGCAGCUGAACCCAGGAUCCAGCAUGGGUCUUCCGGUCCCGUCCAUGCGAGGCUCCAUUCAAUUCCGCGAUGUGUCCUUCCGAUACCCCACGCGUCUGGAGCAGCCCAUCCUCCGAAGACUCAACAUCACAGUGGAGCCAGGACAGUACGUCGCGCUGGUCGGGGCCAGUGGCAGCGGAAAAAGUACCAUCGUUGCGCUGCUGGAACGGUUCUACGACGCCCAAAGAGGCGGCAUCUUCGUGGACGGACAAAACAUCUUAUCACUAGACAUAACCAACUAUCGAAGUCACAUUGCGUUAGUCAGUCAAGAACCAGCACUCUUCCAAGGGACAAUCCGCGAGAACAUUCUGCUCGGAAACAACAAGAAGCACGUUUCGGAGGUUGCUGUCACGAAAGCCUGCAAGGACGCCAACAUCUACGAUUUCAUUAUUUCCCUACCACAAGGCUUCAACACCAUCGUCGGCAGCAAGGGCGGGAUGCUCUCAGGCGGGCAAAAGCAGCGAAUCGCGAUCGCGCGCGCCCUGAUUCGCGACCCGAAGAUCCUCCUGCUCGACGAAGCAACGUCCGCGCUGGACUCCGAGUCCGAGAAGGUCGUGCAAGCAGCGCUCGACAAGGCGGCACGCGGGCGUACCACAAUUGCCGUGGCGCACCGUCUCAGCACGAUCCAGCGCGCAGACCGGAUCUACGUCCUGGAACAAGGAGAGGUGGCGGAGCAUGGCACGCACAAGGACCUCUUACGGAAGAAAGGCCGGUACUAUGAAUUGGUCAAUCUUCAGAGUUUGGGGUAGACAAUAGCGCGAAUGCACACGUGGGAUGAUCUUCAAUGGCAUUGGCAGGUGACUUGUAGUGGUAAACAUGGCUAAACGGGGGUUGGUUUGGCAUUUUCCUGCUUCUUCUUCUUCACUUCUAGUGUAUACUUAAUUAAUGGCGCAAACUGGUUUGGUCUUAAUACAACCAC